UAACAGAGGUUUGAAAUUCUAAUGAGGAAAAUGAACCAUCACUUCAUCAUCAUUUUGGAUAAUAUAUCAGGGUGUCCAUUACUUACACUAGCACACACCAUGACAUGAUACGUCAAAAAACUAUUGUAAUGCGCGCUUAGAAUAUUAUUCUACGAAUGUUUGUGUGUGUGUGUUUAAGAAUGAUAUCGCAGACAAGGAUGUUUAUCAAAUUGUGAAUAUUUAUAAGGUCGACGUCAAAGAUGUGGACGUUUCGACAGCUGGCACAGACGUCGCGAUUUUUAAUGAGAUCAUGCUUUCGGCAUCGCAUACAGUAUAAAUUGUGGUAAUCCUGAGCAGUACGCCAUCGACGGGAACUAUUGUUUAAUGCUGUUUCAUACUAUAUAGAGCAGCAAGUGUUUAGCUUAAUCUAUUAUCGUUCAUUUUUUCACGAAAAUGGAUGUGCCAUUUCUGUUUUCAAUUUUGGUAACACUCCAUAUAUCUGGUGUCAUGUCCAUGACACCAAUGAUGCAAGGUAUGAACGCUGAUAUUAUGAAGGACAUCAUGAAUCUUCGACGAAAGAUAAAGAACCACCAGAAGACACUCUCUAAUAAAGGAACAGCCAAAGAGAGCAACAGCAUACUGCCUGCAGCAGAGAUUGCUAUGCGAGAAUUUUUCACGAAUGAUGGCAAAACUCCAGCGAGUACAAAGACGUCUGAUAAGAAAAAAUCAUCAAAAAAAGAUACAACAAGGAAAAAUGUCAAAAUACCAGAUGUACCUGCAACACUUAAAAAUGUCGAAGCUUCACACACGAAUACGGUUCCAGUUGAGAAGAAAGCAAAUAAUGCAAUGAAAUCGAAAAAGCUGUCAAAAAAGACGAGUGAAACAAAAACCAAAGACCAAACUCCUCAGGAAAAAAUUACAGGUCCAUCUGAUCAACAAUCAAGUAGUAAAAGUGAUACAACAGGUGCCACCGUUGCCAAGACGACAGCUAAGUCUACAUCAACAUCAACCAGGCGAUCACGCAGGAGAUCGUCAAGACGAAGGAAGUCUUCCAGAAAAUCAAAACAAAAUACCACGCCAUCGCCGAGAACAACAACACAAGCUAAUCCUGCUGCAGCUGCGCCUACAGUUCCCAAGGCAACCGCCAUUGAUACGACUCCACCUGCUGCUGCAGCACAAGCGCCAGGACAAUCAAUGCGGACGACAAUGACCCACUUAUUUAGUGAAGGUCCAAUGCUAAUGGCAUCAAUGCUAGCGCAGGUAUACCCGCAGUUAGUACGGCUGCUGGGUGGCGCCCGAAGUCAAAGGCCGAUGAUGGACCCUAAUAUGGCAGUAAUGAUGCACGAAGAACCAUAUUUCAAUCAACCAACUAUUCAAGGAGAUGGGUUCGGCCAAGUUCAUACAGCUAACCCGUCUAGACCUGGUCAACAAAGAUCAACGAAGAAGUCAUCAUCGACUUCAAAAACUGUACAAGCUGGAACAAAUCCUAUGCAGAUUUACAUGCAAAGGGAACUGUGUUCCGAGACUCCCUCUAGAUUUAUUAGGAUGUGCAAGACGACAAUGGAUUGUAAACAUAAGAUGAAGUGCUACUCGGGAUACUGCUGUGCUAGGAGCCAUAGGCAUGCUGAGAUGCUCGACAACUUGCCUGAAUACAUCGACAUGCCACGCCCACAGAGAUCAUGGAGAAGCUUUUUUAAAUGAGUCUAUCAUUAAACUUGUUAAUCGUCUCAUCAUAAACAGCAGUAUCAUUCACUAUUUAAUUCCAUAUAACCCGUGCUAUUUUAUAUUGUGCGGCAUAAACUAUGCAGAUGCUCUUAUUUUAUAUUAUGAUAGUGCAUAUCUGCAUACCUAUUAGCAUAAUCGUGCUGAACAAUUCCGAAGGACAAAUUUGAACAUAAAUAUGACUCAUACAGGCUUAUACAGGCUUUUGCCUGUUGCCCCUAUACCAAUUGAAUUUAAUUCAAUAAAGUCUUUGUGAAAUUAAAUUAACAAAACUGCAAGUAUGCACAUAUCAUACUCGUAUUCUAUAUGUACAGAAAUUUAGCUUAGAAUUAGCAUUUACUUGUUUACAUUUUGAGAUGUCAUGGGAUCUCGGAGCUUGCAAGUGCCUUUUUAUGUAUAAAUAUUAUAACUUAACAGUGUUGUCACUUUCUUCAUCUUUCACAUUAUCUUAUGUUUUCACAUAUCUGUCAAUACAUGUGAUAUCAUGCAUCUGACCUCUUAUAGCUAUAAUGUAUAUAUGUAAUGUUUGAAAUCAACGCUGGUGAUGUUUUAAAUCAUCUUAAAAUAAAUAAUGAUAUCACU